GCCAUUGUGAGCGUUCCCUGCAGAGAUGCGUGUUUGGGAUUGCGAGGAGAGGAGCGUGUGAGAGCAGAGCGGUCACCGACGGGGCUAGGAAGAGCGCUGGCAAACCUGGGUCGGCAUGGCGACGGAGGUCAUAGGGGACGAGGCUGUCUUUUACUCCAAGGCUGAGAAGUACUGGAAGGACGUCCCGCCCACGGUGGACGGCAUGCUGGGAGGCUACAGCAGCAUCUCCAACAUCGACAUCCACGGUUCCAGGAAGUUCCUGCAGAGGUUCCUGGGGGACGGCUCUGGUAAGACAGGGACGCAGUGCGCGCUGGACUGCGGUGCUGGGAUUGGCCGCAUCACCAAGCGCCUCCUGCUGCCCCUGUUCAAGACCGUGGACAUGGUGGACGUGACCAACGAGUUCCUGGUCAAAGCCAAGAGCUACCUGGGGGAAGACGGCCGGCGUGUGGACAACUACUUCUGCUGCGGCCUGCAGGACUUCCAGCCCCAGCCGGGCCGCUACGACCUCAUCUGGAUCCAGUGGGUGAUAGGUCACCUGACGGACGAGGCGCUGGCGGGGUUCCUGCGGCGCUGCAGGGCGGGGCUGCGCCCCCACGGGAUGGUCUGCAUCAAGGACAACGUGGCUCACGAGGGCGUGGUCAUGGACGAGGUGGACAGCAGCGUGUGCCGAGACCUGUCCGCGCUGCGCCGCAUCAUCAGGGAGGCCGGCUUCAGCGUGGUGGCAGAGGAGAGGCAGGAGGGUUUCCCAGAGGAGAUCUACCAGGUCCAGACGCUCGCCCUCCGAUAGGACAGGCAGGACCGGGGCUGUGUCAGACCUCAGAGUGGCGAAGGCGGGCUGCACAGCAUGCAUCCCUUCGAGCGGUGUGCGUGGGGGGGGGGGGUAUUAGGGGUUGGGCAGUAAAUUUGAAGUGCCUGCCACAACAGUGGCAAUAGGGUGAAGCCAGCACGGCACGGACUCUGUCACCUGGAUUCACGUUUGGCCAACGCUGUCCUCUUUUGAAGUAUAUGCAAGUGACCUGCAAUGUGUUCUGGGAAAUGUAGUUUCCCUACGGCUGCCAAUUGGUGUGUGGCUGCAAGUCUCUUUGUGAUUGGAUAGCCCCAGGGAGCAUGCUCAGAAUGGUAAGAGAUCAUGGCUUCAGUGAACAGGUUGAAACGGUCAGGAACACACACCUGAAAUCAUUUUACAGAUACCGUAUGUAACUUAUCAAUGAAUAAGUAUUUAAAAAAAAAAAAAAAAAAAUCAGGUUUUGUAAGAUAUGUAAGAUGCCAAAGUUGCUUUUUUUUUUUCUGAAUGUCCAUUAAAUAAUUACAGAAACAA